GGGUGACAUCUGGUGGUUGGCUCCAGUAACUGCAGUUUGUAAUGACAGGCAACAGCACUGGGAUUUUGGUUUUAGUGAGGCAAGUUUGUGGGUUAAUUAACGAGAAAUGAAGAGCAGCGAUAUGCAAUCCUGAGCGGGACACGCAGACUGCGAAAUUUAGAUAAUUAGAAAGCAACAGUGAAGCUACGGGCGGGUGCCAUUUGAGAUCAGUGCAGCUCAGUGUAGAGCCGCUGCUCCCCCACAUGAAGAGGAGUCAGUUACAAAGAGGAGGGCCUGGGGAAGAAAGAAGCUGUUCUGGGGAACAGCUUUAAAUUUCUCCAGAGGAACUGGAGUUUUUUGUGAGGAGAAACUGAGCAUCUGGAACAGCCGCAUGUCUAGAUAAGUGUUUCAUUUAGGUGAAUAGUCUAUUGCCAUGGAGCACUCUCCCUCUCUGAACCUGUCUGGCCCUGACGGUGAGGAAGCAGAGGACCCACUACGCCCUCUACUGCCCCCGAGAAUAAUACUACAACCUCAAGCCUGCUCUUCCCAAUGUGGCAUCCAUCAUACAGUCCAACCUCCACUUGAUCCUACUGUGUGGAUGGACAGGACCCAAGUUAUGGCCACUACACCCCUUUACAAUGGACAUCUGUAUUUACCAUCAUCCCCCCACCCGAGUAAGAAAAUAAGAGGCAAAGACAAGAAGCAUGACAGGAGAUCAAAAAGUGUUAGCCACAAAAGUAAAAAUAAAAACACAAUUAGUGGACAUAGGCUGCAAGAAAGGGUAACUUCUUUUACAGAUGUCCCACUAUCGCAGACUGGGUCACCGUACAUGGGACACUGCAGGCCGCUCAUGGAACCUAAAGAUGGUGAGAGCCGAGUUUGUAGCAUUUCUGAAAACGUUGAAAUGCAUGAACGCCAGACGCUGCCGGAAAUCAUCAUCACAAGCAAAGAUGAUGAACCGCAAGAGGAGGCACAACAUCCACCCCAGGAAGUGAAGACCCUACUGCCUAUAGGCCAACGACCCAAACCAAACCCGCUCAAUCUCAGCUCGAAAACGAAAGCCAAUGACGACCCAUACUGGAGGACCCAUAACAUUGGGUGGAGGUUGGUGCGGAGGAGGAGCCUGUUUUUGAGGCGACAGAGGCUGAAUGACUGUGCUCUGGCUGUGGGGAUAUUUGGGGUGGUGCUGAUGGUGAUGGAAACCGAACUGUCCUGGAGCGUCUACAGCAAGAGCUCUUUGUACUCUCUGGCCCUGAAGUCCAUCAUCAGCAUCACCACAGUUAUUCUGGUGGGGCUCAUCAUCGCAUACCACUGCUGUGAAGUUCAGUUAUACGUCCACGAUAUCGGAGCGGAGGACUGGCGUAUCGCUAUGACAACAGAACGUGUGACCCUCAUUGUGUUGGAGCUGGUUGCCGUGGCGAUCCAUCCGUACCCUGUUGGUCUGGCUGCGUACUUCCAGCAGAACAAGCCUCAGCCAUCGCUCUCUGAGACGGAGCUGGAGAUCGUGUUGGCACUGCCCAUGUUCCUGCGGCUGUACCUUUUAGGGCGUGCCAUGAUGCUCCACAGUCGCCUCUUCACCGACACAGCGUCACGGAGCAUCGGGGCCCUUAACAAGAUUCACUUCAACACAAGGUUUGUGGGGAAAACACUGAUGACGAAUUAUCCCGGGACAGUGCUCAUGAUCUUCAGCGUCUCUCUGUGGAUAGUGGCAGCCUGGGGUUUGCACGUCUGUGAGAGACAUCAUAACUACCGGGACUUGAGCAGUAACUACAUGGAGGCACUGUGGAUGGUGUCUGUCACUUUUCUGUCGAUCGGAUACGGAGACGUGGUGCCGCACACAUACUGCGGCCGGAGCAUCUGUCUGCUCACUGGGAUCAUGGGGGCGGGCUGCACGGUGCUGGUGGUUGCGGUGGUUGCCAGGAAACUGGAGUUGACUCGAGCCGAAAAACAUGUCCACAACUUCAUGAUGGACUCCCACAUCACCAAAAGGAUAAAAAUUGCUGCGGCAAAUGUGCUGAGGGAGACUUGGCUGAUCUACAAACAUGCAAAGCUCAAGAGUCAAAAAGACCAGACCCGAGUCCGAGAUCACCAGAGAAAACUGCUGCUCGCCAUCCACCAACUUCGAAGGGUGAAAAUGGAAAAGCGGUGUCUGGCUGAUCAGGGAAAUUCUCUGGUUGAUAUAAUGAAGAUGCAGACUUUGAUGUACGACGUGUUAGCGGAGGUCCAGGGCUGCCGAGAGGACAUGGACAAUCAUAUCCUAAGUUUGGAGAAGAACGUGGAGGAGCUUCGGGAGGGUUUUAGGAUCCUCAUGCCCCUCCUCUCCAGCACUCUGUCUACCCAAAAUUCCUCCAUCAGACACUUGCUCCGAGAGAGAGAGGGCAGAAUGGAGGAGACGGGGGGAGGCCAAGGGGACAGGUAGAAGAGGAGGUGGGCAAACAGACUGGAACAAGUGCAGUGACGAGGAGAUUCUCUGAGAUUCAGCAUGAACUGCUGUUUGACAGGCUGUACACAAAUCUGUAUUAAAGUAGCAAUAAUAGGAUUUAUUUUAUUUUAUGACCCACAAAAAACAACCAAAGCUUUUUUCUGAAUUGUUUUACACGUGUUUAAGGUCAGUUUCAUUGGUUUAUGUAAUUAAAUUACGUAAGCCGUCAAGUUUAGUCACUGUACUGCAGCGCGGUGGCCUUGACCACUGUGAUGACUUUGCACGAGUAGCUUUACCAUUUGAAAUGUAGUGCCCGCUUUUGAGUUUAAAUAUUCUAUUACUGUGGAUAAGAUGUAAGCUUUCAGUUACCCAUUUUAGUUGAACAUCGUAUUAAGUAAAAGACUGGAGUGGAGAUUGCAAAGUCAAUGAUAUGGUAUAUGGUUACAUGUAUGAUGUACCGGUAUAAUCUGGAGAAUGCUUUUACUAUAGCAUAGACCGUCUCAAUCUGCAAAUACUAUUAUCCCCACUUAGCAUUUUGUAGAAUACAUUUCAUUGUCAAUAACAGCACACCCGCUUAUUUCUAAUAAAGAGCUUUUUGUAUGA